ACACUGAUGAGGACUAAAUGGGUGGCAGAGCAGCUCCGAUCGCCAUGAAGCUGAUGGAUGUGAAGCUGAAAGAUCUGAAUGCCUGGGUGUUGAGCCGAAGCAAGAAUCCGAUCCAUAUCUUUGCAGCAAUCUGCAGAGGCCAUGACAGAUUCUACAAGAAGUAUAUUGAUGUGAAGAAAGGUGAAAUCGGUGGUGUUGCUAUGCCGUUGAUGGCUUAUGUUGUGUUGAGUUACAUUUGGAAUUACAAACACAUCAAGCAGGAUCGUUGGAGAAAGUACCACUAAUGGCUAAAAGCUGACUCACAAGAUAACUCGUUGCUGGAGCC